AUGGCCGCCGCCGGCACGAAGCGCAAGCACCAAGACGACGACGCCGCCGCACCGCAACGCCCAUCAUCAUCCCACAAAGCCCCCAAAACGGCAUCGUCAUCCCAACAUCACCCCUCACCAACCUCCUCCUCCUCCUCCCCGCCGUUCCCUCGGCCCGCCAAGCUAAAGGCCACAACUUCGUCAAACCCGCCGCCGUCGCCGCCGUCAUCAGCAGCUGCCCCCUCCAGUACGACAGCAACGACGAAGACGGAGACGGAGACGGAGACGACGAUGACAACGACGGCGACAACAAAGACAGCAGCGACGCUGGAGCAGCAGCUCGCCCUCAUCGCCUCCUCCGGCCGCACGCCCUUUGAGCAGCGCGUCUGGUCCGCCCUCUGCGGCAUCCCCCGCGGCCGCGUCACCACCUACGGCCACCUGUCGGCGCACCUGGGCUCCUCGCCGCGCGCCGUCGGCAACGCCCUCCGCCGCAACCCCUUCGCCCCCGCCGUCCCCUGCCACCGCGUCGUCGCCGCCGGCAUGUCGCUCGGCGGCUUCAAGGGCAAGUGGCCCCGUGACGGCGAGGGCAUCACCCUCGAUGAGAAGAGGCGCCUGCUCCGCGCCGAGGGCAUCCGCUUCGACGACAAGGGCCGCGUGCUCGGCACGCCCUGGGUGGGCUGGGCCUGA